AAAUGUCAAAGUGACGGUUGUGUUUGGGCUCUCGUCUCUCUGCUGCGUGGUCGCCGGUGAAAAUGUCGAAUUUAGUGCAGUACGUCAUAGUGCGGGGUGAUUUGAUGAAAAGUUUAAGUUGGCCACUGGGGGCUGUGAUCGCACAGUGCUGUCACGCGGCAACUGCGGUGUCUCAUUUAUACAAGGACGAUGAGGAUACGAAGGCCUACUUUGCAGACUUGGAUAGUAUGCAUAAAGUUGUACUAGAGGCUCCAACUGAAGCCGAUCUAACCAAAUUGAGUGAAACUUUGAAGGAAAAUAAUAUUUUACACAAGCUGUGGGUCGAACAGCCAGAAAACUUCCCAACUUGUAUUGCUAUAAAACCGUAUCCGAAAGAUGCUGUGCAUAAAUAUGUUAAAAAGUUUAAAUUAAUGAAAUAGAAUUUCAAGAAUUAU